ACCGCACCAGGAUUCAGGCUAGUGAUGUAGAUCAAGCUGGAAACGAAAAUCCAUGCAAUUUAUGGCUCGUUUCUGCACAUUCCGACCCCUGCUGUGCUGUCGUCGAUAUGUGUAUCUACGGAGCGAUAUCGCAAGCUUGUGUCUCCGAGCUAACUCGAAUGAGUAACUCGAUCCAUUUAGGAAUUAUUGUAACGCAACCAAAGCAUCUGCUUCUUCAGACCUUGAGUCUCUACGACGGUGAUAUUCUGUGGGCAGUAUCCCAGUCUCGAAAAUGGGGAGCCUGAGUGCAAAUUUUGUGGACGUUCUUAUAGUGGGCGCCGGGCCAGCAGGUUUGGCGUUGGCAAACUGGUUCCAUAAAAGUAAAAUACGAGUACUUUUGGUGGAUAAACGAGCGCACCCAACUCUCUGUGGACAAGCAGAAGGUCUCAAGAGUACUACAGUCGAGAUUUUCGAAAGCUUUGGCAUUGGUUCGCAGAUAUGGGCCGAAGCGCAUCGUUUGGAAGAGAUUGCAAUAUGGGGACACAGCGAAGGCGUUCAUGGAAUUAGGAGAGAGCAAGUGAUGCAAGAUAAAGUUCAAGAGCUGGGGAAGCCGCGAGAGUGCAUGUUGCAACAGUCUAGAUGUGAACACCAUAUGGCGCACAACCUCUUACAGAGCAAAAAUGUGACCCUUUUAAGGAAUAUCCGACCGAGCUCCAUCAACAUCGAUAGCAAGGACAUGCUGACUUCAGAAGCCUAUCCGGUCUCGGUACAAUUAUCGAGGAUGGAGAUUGGCUCGGAGGAUCAUCAAAUCAAUGUCGGCACGAUACGUGCAAAGUACGUAGUAGGUUGUGAUGGCGCCCGCAGCUGGAUGCGAAAAGCACUUAAUGUGAAGCUCGAAGGUGAUCUGACGGAUUCUGUCUUUGGUGUCAUGGACUUCAUCCCAAAAACGAACUUUCCAGAUAUUCGAAAGGUAUGUUAUUUGCGAGCCUCGAAUGGAACCAUACUAUUGGUACCUCGCUCCAAUCGGGAAGUGCGUAUGUAUAUACCGGUGGAGAGUGGAAGUGAGCUGUCUGACCCAAAAGACAUUACCCUGGACAUCAUCCUUGAGGCGGCGCGCAAGAUUAUUUCUCCCUACAAUCUCGACAUAGCCACUUGUUCCUGGUGGUCGGCGUAUCGUGUGGGCCAGCGUGUGGGUGAUCAUUUUACAACCCAUGAUUCUCGGGCAUUUCUCGCGGGCGAUGCAGUCCAUACCCACUCUCCUAAGGCAGGACAGGGUAUGAACACAAGCGUGCAGGACGUCAAUAAUCUUGGCUGGAAGCUCAGAUUAGUUCUUGAGGGUAAGGCUGACCCGUGCAUCCUGGACACGUACGAAUCAGAGCGUCGCCCGGUGGCUCAGGACCUCAUUGCGUUCGAUCGUGGGUAUCUCAAAUUAUUCUCAGCGUCAUCGAACUCUUUCGACGAUGAAUUCGCCAAGGCUUCACGGUUCACUACUGGAAUGUCCAUAAGAUAUUCCCUAUCCAAUAUCGUUCAAAUGCCACGUGGCUUGGGAGAUCUCGGCCCUAGUCUCUUGAAACUAGAUCUCGUUCCAGGGAAACGACUCGCAGACGUUCAAUUGGUCUUGCAAGUUGAUGGUACAACAACGCGCAUACACCAGCGGCUGCACGCGUCUGGCCAGUUUCGCAUCUUGGUAUUCGCUGGAGAUAUCUCUCAGCCUCCGCUCUUUGACCGUUUGCGAAAGGUUGGAACACAACUGGCUGACGACUCUUACCCACUGGGGGAUCUUAUCAAAGGUAGCGAUCCAGCCCAGGUAGAGGUUCUUUUGAUCCACUGUGCAGACCGAGACAAGGUUGAGCUACUCAGUCUGCCAGAAGUGUUUCGACCGUGGAAUGAGGAAUAUGGGUACGACUACUGGCGCGUAUUUGCAGAUGUGGAAAGCGCGCACGAGGGGCAUGGCCGUGCUUAUGAAAGGCUAGAAGUCGAUCGUCUUAAGGGCCGCAUGGUUAUCGUUCGUCCAGAUGGAUAUAUCGGGGUAGUGGCUGACGUCGAUGAUGUUGAGAGCGCACGCAUGUACUUCGAUAGGUUCAUGCGUGUCGUAGUGUGA